GAGACAAGAACUUCAGUUCCCUCUAGCACAGCUCUGAGACAAAGAGAUGCGCCCCUGCAGUUCCCAGGGCUGAGGGCUCCGCCCGCGGCCCCCAGGGCUUCGGAGCGGCUGCUCCUCCACGGCUCGGCCAGAGGGGGCGCUGCAGCGCCGACACUCGGCCCGGCCCGCCCCUGCGCGGCGCUCUUGUCGGGUCGGCGCGGGCGGGCGGCGCCGCGGUGGUACGUUCCCCCAGCCGCCCGCCCCUCCUCCGCGGUCCUCCCCGCGGGUGGUAGGUGCCGGAAGUGCCGCCAUUUUGGGGUGUUCUGCUCUGGCGGCAGCGGCAGAGGCGGCGGCGGCGGGACGCAGAGGCUCCCCCGGGACUCGGCCUCAGCAGCGAGGCGGCGGCGGCUGCGGAGGCGCAGGCAGCAGCUGAGGCAGCGGCAGGCUCAGGUGCAGCCGCUGGAAGCUAAAGCUGUGUGUAUUUGUGGAUCAGACAAGUGCAGCAAGUUAUUAUCAUUGGCUUCUGAAGGGGAGAGUGAGGUGAUGGCUGCGUUUAAGCUGGAUUUCCUUCCAGAAAUGAUGGUGGAUCAUUGCUCUUUGAAUUCCAGUCCUGUCUCAAAGAAAAUGAACGGCACCCUGGACCACCCAGACCAACCAGAUCUUGAUGCUAUCAAGAUGUUUGUGGGCCAGGUUCCCAGGACCUGGUCUGAGAAGGACUUGAGGGAGCUUUUUGAACAGUAUGGUGCUGUCUAUGAAAUCAACAUCCUAAGGGAUAGGAGCCAAAACCCUCCUCAGAGCAAAGGGUGCUGUUUUGUUACAUUUUACACCCGUAAAGCUGCAUUAGAAGCUCAGAAUGCUCUUCACAACAUGAAGGUCCUCCCUGGGAUGCAUCACCCUAUACAGAUGAAACCUGCUGACAGUGAAAAGAACAACGCUGUGGAAGACAGGAAGCUGUUUAUUGGUAUGAUUUCCAAGAAGUGUACUGAAAAUGACAUCCGAGUCAUGUUCUCUUCAUUUGGACAGAUUGAAGAAUGCCGGAUAUUGCGGGGACCUGAUGGCUUAAGCCGAGGUUGUGCAUUUGUGACUUUUACAACAAGAACCAUGGCACAGACAGCUAUCAAAGCAAUGCACCAAGCACAAACCAUGGAGGGUUGCUCAUCACCCAUGGUGGUCAAGUUUGCUGACACCCAGAAGGACAAAGAACAGAAGAGAAUGGCCCAGCAGCUCCAGCAGCAGAUGCAGCAGAUCAGCGCAGCAUCUGUGUGGGGAAACCUGGCUGGUCUGAACACUCUGGGGCCCCAGUACUUAGCACUUUAUUUGCAGCUCCUUCAGCAGACUGCCUCCUCUGGGAACCUCAACACCCUGAGCAGCCUUCACCCAAUGGGAGGGUUAAAUGCAAUGCAGCUACAGAAUUUGGCUGCACUAGCUGCUGCAGCUAGUGCAGCUCAGAAUACACCAAGUGGUACCAAUGCCCUCACUACAUCCAGCAGUCCCCUCAGCGUCCUCACCAGUUCAGCAGGGUCUUCACCAAGCUCCAGCAGCAGUAACUCUGUCAACCCCAUAGCCUCACUUGGAGCGCUGCAGACAUUAGCUGGAGCAACAGCUGGCCUCAACGUGGGCUCUCUGGCAGGAAUGGCUGCAUUGAAUGGUGGUCUCGGCAGCAGUGGCCUUUCCAAUGGCACUGGGAGCACCAUGGAGGCCCUCACUCAGGCAUAUUCUGGUAUCCAGCAAUAUGCUGCGGCAGCACUCCCCACUCUGUACAACCAGAAUUUAUUGACCCAGCAGAGUAUCGGUGCUGCUGGAAGCCAGAAGGAAGGUCCAGAGGGAGCCAACCUGUUCAUCUAUCACCUGCCCCAGGAGUUUGGAGACCAGGACCUGCUGCAGAUGUUUAUGCCCUUUGGGAAUGUCGUGUCUGCCAAGGUUUUCAUAGACAAGCAGACAAACUUGAGCAAGUGUUUUGGUUUUGUGAGUUACGACAAUCCUGUCUCAGCCCAAGCUGCCAUCCAGUCCAUGAACGGCUUUCAGAUUGGAAUGAAGAGGCUUAAAGUGCAGCUCAAACGUUCGAAGAAUGAUAGCAAGCCCUACUGAGCGUGCUCCCCUCUGAGACUGGAGUGAGAAGAUCUUCUGGUAAGUGGGGGAGGAGCACCCUUAAUCAUUCGAAGCCCUAAGGCUGUGUGUUGACAGCCCUGGACCCUGAUCCCUGCCACUCUCGCAGGCACAGCUUGCCCUGAAGACUCAGCUACUGCCUUCUGUGGGAGUGUCGCUUCGUACAGAGGACAAGUUUGUGCUUUGGUUUCCAGUGUUUUACUUUGGAGUUUAGGUGCCAUAUCCUGAGGGUUUUUUUUGUUUUGUUUGUUUCUUUUCCUUUUAUUUAAAGUUUGCCGUGUUUGUAACCAGUAUGUUGAGAAGGACCAAUACCAAUCCACCCAGAGGAAGGGGGAAAUGGUUUAAAAGAUGAUCAGAAUGUGCCCCGACCACAAAGAGAGGACUGAGCAGAACAGAAAAUUGAUUCCCCAAAUCUCUCUACCUGAGUGCAAGGAUGAGUACGGUCUAAUGAGCUACAGGGCAGUGCGGGGAGGUGGCUUGGCAUCCAGACCCUUCAUAAGUCGCUGCUUUCUGUGGAAAUGCUAAGCUUAUGCCACCUAUGGUUUUUUUUUUUUCUUCUGUCCUGGAUGUCUGCCCUUUCCUGAAACUGGGUCAGCAAGUCUUAGGAAAUAAAGUACUUCUUAAUUUAGCCUGAAAUAUGCAAAUAACAUGGAGAUACCCAUUACUAGCCAUCCCAGCCUACCAUUGGUACUGCACUGUCCUGCCUGGAUGGUGGUUGUUUGGGGGAAGCAGCCAAAGAGGUCAUUUUUAGUUUAUUUCAGUGUGAAGUUAGACCAUUGCCCAUUUCCAGCAGUUUAUUUUGAAGAAAGUCUGUGGAAGUUCAUCACAACAAGGAAUAUUGCCUCCUUCCCCCGCCACAAUUUUCUCAUGAGGGCAGAUCUAAGAAGCACUUGCAGCAUCUAGCCAACAAGGGUGCUGUUCACAGGCAGAGCAAUCAGAAGCCUUCUGAUUGAGGGAGGAGGGACCUGCUUCUUGAUGUACCUGAGUCAAGGUCUCUUCAAGCCAGGAUGCUGUAUUUGAGCAGAGCCUAGUAUUCAAGAAAGUGCAUAAGUGCACUCCUGCCUCUGAGGAAGGUAUCCCAGAGGUUGUAUUUCCCCAGAGGUCUGAGAAGCCUCUUCUAGCCACUCUAGCCCACCCUCUGCCUUUGGCAACAGAAGAUCGUACAGGUCGUUUACAGGCCCUGUAGUGUUCUUUUACCUCAGUAUUAGCCCAUGUUCAUUUUGUCGUCAUGCUUAGAGUUAGUUCCCUGCUGCCUUUCACCAGUCUUAACUCCAGUGUUUGCCAGUGUCCCACAGCCUCUGGGCCCUGCUGCUGCUCCAGGAAAUGCUGUUGGGAAUGUGCGUCUGAAUAGAGGCAGCCCCAGAAGCAUGUGACUGUCAUUCACAGCCAGGGCUUGGGUUCCUGGCUCCUUGAAAGCUUAAACCUCACAAGUUAAAAGUCUUGACUCCUAACAGCAGAGAUUAGAAGAAAGGAGCUAGCCUGUUUUUUAGUCAGAUGGAGACACUUCUGCUUGUCAUGCUGUCCCUCCCUGUAGGUAGCAUACAGGGAAUGACCAUCCUGCUGUUGUACAAGUAGUUGUUAGUGUUGGAUUAUCCCAUUGAAGUUGGGUCUGUUGUCCUCUUAACAGACAUGAAAUAAUACACUUCUUAAACUGAACCACAUAACUUGAAUUCUGCGCAAUGGGAGAAAAGUGUCCUGUGUUUCAAGAUAAAAUUGUUCUAAAGGCUUCCAGGGUAAUGAUGGGAUUUUUUUUAAAUAAAUGCAAAAAAUAAAAAAUAAAAAUACAAAAAUUUAAAAAGGAAAAAAAAAAGAAAAAUGCUAGGUUGGGCAGGCACUGUUCAAAAUCCCAACCAGCUGGAACCAAGAAUGUCGUUUCUAUUUUUAUAGAGGUUUUAUACAGCUCCAGGGUGGAGAAUAUUUAUUACCUAAAUUAUAUCUCUGGAAAAGGCCAGGAUUUUGUAGAAUCCAGAAUGUGAUUGUUGUACACACGGGGUGCUGUGUAUGAUUGAAACUACUGACUUUCUGUGACCAUUUGCAGCCUAGGUAACCUGUCCAAGGGGAAGGCUAACAUUAAUGCUGUGAAUCGGCAGAGGCGAGAGCUGUGUUGCAUAGGGUGCUGCCAGUGCUGUGCUCCCUAACCAUCUGUUCUGUCUUCUUCGUGGACCAGAACACCACCUUCCUUCCGCUUCUCUCACUUUCCCUCCAUUUCACCAUUUGUCCAUGGAUUUGUCCCGUGCUCUAGUAUCUUAGGAAACCACCUUCCUAAUGAUUUUAGAGGCAAAGGUGCAAGCGACCCUCACCUUUGGAACAGACCCCAGAUUCCAUACCUGCUUGUGGCUCUAAAAGGAGCACUUGCCCCAGCAGAGCCAGGGUGUGCUCAGGCAGCCGAUGAGUGAGACCACGCACUUCCCUCUCCCCCUUUGCCCAGUACAUGAGCACAGCGGUAGCACUGCCC